AUGAAUCUGCAGUAUGGUUCUGAGUGGGAUGAAGAGACUGGCAUCACUGAUGUGCUGUUCCAGUAUGGUCAUGAUAGAGAGGAUUUCAUCUCAUUUGACCUGAAGACAAUGACAUUGGUCGCUCCAAAGCAUUACCCCACCCAGAGGUGUAUAACCUUUCUCAAGAAGUAUCUGCAGAAUGGGAAGAGUACUCUGCAGAGGAUAGUCUCUCCCCCAGUGUCUAUCCUCCAGAAGACCCCCUCCUCUUCAGUAGUGACAUGUCAUGCUACAGGUUUCUACCCCAGAGGAGUCAUGGUGAUGUGGACGAGAGGAGAACAGGAUAUCUAUGAGGAUGUGAAGUAUGGAGAGACCCUCCCCAACCAUGUCGGGACCUUCCAGAUGAGGUCUCGUCUGACGGUGGACCCUAAGGAGUGGGACAACAACAACACCUAA